UUGGUAGCCGAAGGUAGAGAGAACGAAAGGAAAAUCAGAGGCUUGGCUGCGUUUUGCGAAAGAAACAUUGUUUUUAGAACCAAUCAUAUCAUUUAUAUUAUGAAAUAAUUUAGCCUAAAGCUUCUUGAUUCCAAGUCGCAAGCUGUGACGAGGGCAUACUCAACGAGAAAAGCGUAAUAACACUUUGGCUGACUUCCGACAUGACAACCGGCCUACUUUUGAUUUGACCGCAACAAAUUCGCUUUACGGUAUUCACUUGUUUCUACGAGACAGCGUUAGAUUGAAGGCCGCUGCCAUUAAUGAUUAAUCAAGUUGUGCAUCCUUAGCUUAACUCAACUAUGGAAGCUGCUUCGCAUACUCGGCACGGACCCAGUCGUCAACAGCACAGGAGAAUGAGAACUGCAGUGGAAACGGAUAGAGAGAUUGGCGAUUUAGGCGGAGGUUUGCCAGUAGAGAGAUCGAAACCAAAGAAGCAGCUUAAUUUUUAUCAAGCAAUGAGUGACUUUCAGACAAUGUUUCCUCACAUUGAAAAAGAUGUAAUCGAAGCUGUACUCAGGGCAAAUGACGGUGUUGUACAAACGACCAUUGAUCAGCUCCUUAUGUUAUCUGAUGGUGCAGAAACUGAUGGGAAUAAACAGGACGAUGUUCCCCAUUUACCGAAUUAUAACGAGAGCCAGACUUAUGAAGACGAUCCACCUCCUGCUUAUUCUGAAGUUGAAAGUCAGAUACUCAAUGAAUUUGUACGGGAAAGACAGGAAUUCCAACAUCAAGGACAACCAGAUUCUACAGAUAACCUAACAAAUAGAGUGAGAGAAAGGUCAACGCGCUGGAAUCCAGCACUUUUAGGACCUUUACCCCCUGACUUUUUAAGAUUAUCUGAUAGUUCUCCAGAAAGACCUUUUUCAGAAGAUUCAAUGGAAGUAACAAGUCAGUGUAUCCAAGAGACUGCCAAGGAUAAUUUUCUCUCUGACAAGGACUUAGAACAAUUUCUCGAAGAUGAAAAGCUAGCAAUGUUCCUUCAAAAUGAAGAGUUUAUGCGACAACUCAGAAGAGAUCCAGACUUUCUUAUGUCUCUAGAAGAAGAUCAUAGAAGGUUCGUACACUCACAAUCAGGCCCAGUUGUUGCAGAUGGGGCUGCAUCACCUCCAGAACAUGGAGCAAAACCAAUUCCUUCUGGUGGAGCACGACCUAGAUAUUCAAACACAACAGGCCAUGAUGAUGUGGCAUUCAAUAGAAAACUCAAACACAUGGGCAAAUCAACACGAAAAAGGCUAGCCAAAAUGGCCAAGAAGUUUUCAAGAAAAAAGUAUCAAAAAUUCAGUUCUCCAGUUGCUUCUUCUACUGCUAAUCUGUUGGAAGAAGACAGUGAAAAUGAGGACUCUAAGGGAUUGGAGGGUAUUCAAGAGAAUGAAGAUGAAGUUUCUCAUGACCGAGCAUACAGAAGGAUGCCAAACAAUGAUAUGAAUGGCGGAAGAAGACUCCCUCAGGUGCCAACUGAAAGAAAAAGAGCCAACAAUGAGCCAAUUGUAUUUUACAAUGAAGAUGACGAAUUUUCCUAUAAGAGCGAUUAGGGUGUUUUCAUGCUGUUAAGAAACUUACAAUGUACUUUUCUUAUGGAGUACACAAGUUUAUCGGUAUGAAGUAAUUUCAUGUCCAUUGUGGUCAGUUAAACAUUGCAGAAAAAUUGGCAAAUAGUCCGCUAUGAGAAUAUCUUAGGCAUUUCUCAACAGUAACAAAAUCUAUAUAAUUUUGUACAUAACAACCAUACAUCUUCUCGAUCCAACUAUUUGAAAGGAAUGUCGUUUGUAUUGUAGAUGACCUGGAACUGUCUUCCGGGAAUCUACAUUGUAAGCAAAUUAAUUGUAUCAUAUCAUUUCUGUCUUCUUAAGCAGGUUUUCUUCUUUGAGCAAUGUAAUCAUUGUUAUUAUUCAUCCGUUUCUUAUAUUGUAUAUCCCCUAUAAUUAUUAGCUUUGAUGAAGUAUCAUGACUCGACUGUUUGAUAAUUUUACGACUUUUCUUAAAUCAAAUAAGAACUGCUUUUCUCUUCAUGAUUAUCCCUGCCUAGGUCCACCAUUUUACUUCGAACUAUCGACACUUUCCCCUUCUAAAGUUUAUACGAAUUGACGUUGCCUAUAUUACUUAUGAUAUAAGUCGCCAUUCCUAUAACAUAAGUGUCAUAUUAAAAUGACUUGAUAGUUUUGGGAUGUGUCACUUUACCUAAAAAUAAAUUCCCAGGAAAAUAAAUGGUAACGACAAAAAAAAGAAACAACUAAAGUUUUGAAUUUUCACCUUCUUCAAGAAAUGCUACUUUGUAUGAAUAUUAAUUGAAUCGAGGUAGAUGUCGAAUAGCCAUCAAUCUACGUUGUUAUUCUUGAGAUGAACGAUAUCGUAAGUUUUUGCCAGAUUUUACUGGCAAGUAUUUCAUUGUUAUGUAACUUCACCACAAAAUUAUGCGUGUAUUUUCACAUCACCUUACAUAAAUAAUGGCGAGAUCUUAUGUAUACAAUUUCAGUAUUAUGUGUAUAUUCAGUUAACGAACGGCUUGUCAAAUGCAAGUAGUUUAAUUAUCGUGUUAGCAAUAUUUUGAUCACAGUAGCAAGUAAACUAAAAUAUUACUGUUCAAUAUUCAAAGGUAGAUUAUCUUAUUAUGGACAGAUAGAGAAUUUUAUGGUAACAAAGGCCUACGAAACUUUGUUUAUUAGUUGUACUCAGUUUUGUAAGGUGUUUGUACGGUGACAUCACAAAGUUUGAUUUUUCUCCUAA